CUACCUUCCUGGUUAUCCACUGAACACACACACACACACGCACACACACAAGUCCUGCAGUCAAUGGCCUCGGAAUACUACCUACCUACCUACCUACCUAUGAGAAGCGUCUCAGAAUGGUAUCUGAAUCCUGGCUCAUAUUCAUGUGCAAUAAUAUAUUCUGUACCUAGGGUUGUUUCAACACACUCACCCGCCCGUGCCAGCCCCCCGGUCAUUCGCAAUGCUUUCCUUAACAAUACAUGCCAUGCCACUUGUGAUAGUAUCUACUUGGCUUUGUGGGCCAAUAGAGAUCGCGAUCACACUUAAUUACUACCUAGGUACUUACUGUAGUGUAGUAUCUCUUCCUGACGCAUGAUACUUCCCAACUCUCUCUACUUACUUACCUAGAACCGUAUUCAGCUCCGUUUCUCGGCACGGAAAUAACGGGAGGAUGGGAGGAUAAUGAUGAUGAUGAUUACGGGCAACUUCAGACCGAGAGGGUUCGGUUAUUCCAUAGUGCUAUACGGAGUAGUAUCAUCCUCGUGACGGGUAAUUGAUGUUUGUGAUGGCCGACUUCGGGGUUGGGUUGUUGCUAGUUAUGAUGCAAUUGGCGGCGGCGGGCCAGGAAAUGCCUUCAAAGUCCGCUUACACAUUUCAACUACUGUACUACUACUAAUUCAACACUCUACGGUCGCAG